GGAUACAUGUGUUGAGACAGUGUGUUAUGACGGCGUCUGCCAGGAGCUUACAUCAGACAGCUGUUAAUCCUCCCUUAGCUUUAUUCUAAUAUCUACAACAGGAGCCACGAUAUCUUCAGCCACACACGGAGGAGAUGUCUCGUAAAAAGCUAGAAGAUUUACUGGCCAUCGAGGCAUCAAUCCAGCAACAGUGGGAAGAGGAAAAGGUCUUUGAGGAAGAUGCCCCGGCUCAGGAAGGCGAGGGGAGGAAGGAGAAGUUCAUGGUGACCUUUCCUUACCCUUACAUGAAUGGUCGACUACACUUAGGGCACACCUUCUCUCUCAGUAAAUGUGAAUUUGCCGUUGGAUACCAGCGCCUGAAGGGGAAGAGAUGCCUGUUUCCCUUUGGCUUACAUUGUACAGGCAUGCCAAUAAAGGCCAGUGCAGAUAAGCUGAAGAGGGAGGUUGCGGACUACGGCUGCCCGCCCAACUUCCCAGACGACGACGACAGCAUGGAGGUCGCCCAGCUUAAGGAGGUGACCAUCCAAGAUAAGUCCAAGGGGAAGAAGAGCAAAGCCGUUGCCAAGACAGGAGGAGUCAAAUACCAGUGGCAGAUUAUGCAGAGUCUGGGUAUUGACGAUAAGGAGAUUGAGAAGUUCACCAACGAGGAUUACUGGCUCAAGUAUUUCCCCCCGCACUGUGUGGAGGACCUCAAGAGGGUCGGCCUCCACACAGACUGGAGACGAUCGUUCAUCACCACCGACCGUAAUCCUUAUUAUGACUCCUUCGUUCGUUGGCAGUUCCUCCGUCUCAGGGAAAAGGGGAAAAUCCAGUUUGGGAAAAGGUACACUAUAUAUUCUCCAAAGGAUGGCCAGCCCUGUAUGGAUCAUGAUCGGUCAUCGGGAGAAGGUGUCGGCCCACAGGAGUACACCCUCAUCAAGAUGCGAGUGCAGGAACUCAAAGGAAAGCUGGCAGUGUUGGCCCCAAAGCCGGUGUUCCUCAUAGCUGCAACACUACGACCUGAAACUAUGUACGGGCAGACAAACUGUUGGCUCGGACCUGACUUGACAUAUAUUGCCCUAGAGACCAAGGACGGCGAGGUAGUCGUGUGUACACGCAGAGCGGCGAGGAAUAUGGCUUUCCAAGGGAUGUUGAGUGUAGAGAAUGAGGUGAAGCCACUCUUAGAACUCAAGGGUCACGAACUAAUGGGAACUAAACUUAGUGCACCUCUUACCAGCUACAAGACUAUCUACACUCUACCUAUGCUGACAGUAAAGGAAGAAAAAGGUACUGGCGUUGUGACCUCAGUGCCAUCAGAUGCCCCAGAUGAUUUUGCAGCACUUGUGGAUCUCAAGAAUAAGCCAGCACUGAGGGAGAAAUAUGGCAUCACUGAAGAAAUGGUGAAUUUUGAUCCUGUCCCAAUUAUUGAUGUACCUGAGUAUGGUUCCCUGAGUGCUCCGACAAUCUGCCAGAUGAUGGGAAUAAAAUCUCAGAACGAUCGCGACAAGUUACUCGAAGCAAAGGAAAAGGUUUAUCUCCGUGGGUUUUAUGAAGGAACUCUUCUGGUCGGGGAACUAAGAGGAAAGAAGGUACAAGAUAUCAAAAAGCAAAUACAGGAGAUGCUGGUGAAGGCAAAGGAAGCUCUGAUAUACCAGGAACCAGAGAAGCAGAUUAUAUCCCGGUCUGGUGAUGAGUGUGUCGUGGCUCUGUGUGAUCAGUGGUACCUGGACUAUGGUGAAGCAGCGUGGAGAGCUGAGACUCAGAAGAACCUCGAUGCGCUGGAAACAUACCACGAGGAAGUGCGGCGCAACUUUGAAGCUACUCUUGAGUGGCUGAAAGGUCACGCUUGUUCUCGCACUUACGGCCUCGGAACUCGUCUCCCUUGGGAUGAGAAAUGGCUGAUUGAAUCCCUUUCCGACUCGACCAUUUAUAUGGCCUACUAUACUGUUUGUCACAUUCUACAUUCAGAUGUAUAUGGUUCUGUUCAGGGUGAGUACGGUAUUAAACCAGAGCAGAUGACUCCAGAAGUGUGGGACUAUGUGUUCCAACUGACAGAUAAGGCACCAGAGUCCUCCAUCAAGAAGGAAGCCCUUCAGAAAAUGCGACAGGAAUUUGGCUAUUGGUAUCCCGUUGACUUAAGAACUUCGGGAAAAGAUCUAGUUCCUAAUCAUUUAACUUAUUUCUUGUAUAACCACACAGCAAUCUGGUCGAAUAAGCCUGAUAGAUGGCCUCAAGGUAUUCGUGCCAAUGGUCAUCUGCUACUUAACUCUGAGAAAAUGUCAAAAUCAACUGGAAAUUUCAUGACUCUAACUGAUGCUCUCGACAGUUAUGGAGCUGAUGGUAUGCGUCUAGCACUAGCUAAUGCAGGAGACUCUGUAGAGGAUGCUAACUUUGAAACUCCGGUAGCUGACUCGGGUGUACUCAGACUGUGGACAUUUGUUGAAUUAACCAAAGAACUCCUUGCAGAAAAAAGUUCAAUGCGUACUGGUCCCGCCUCCACCAUUAACGACAAGAUGUUUACGUCCGAGAUGAACUUGAAGAUAAGGGAAACUGAUGAGAACUACAGAUCACUGAUGUUCAAGGAAGCUCUGCGUACUGGUUUCUUUGAGUACAAUAACUUGUUCCAUCAAUAUCGUGAGCGGGCACAAGUUCAGGCGGGUCUACACUGGGACCUUGUGAGUCGAUAUCUAACUACACAGGUGCUCCUGCUUGCUCCCAUCUGCCCUCAUGCAUGUGACUACAUUUGGCAAAAACUUCUUGGUAACUCAAAAUCUAUUCUUCAUGCAAGUUGGCCAACAACUGAGGAACCAGAUCUUGCACUUGUGAAAGCUUCAGAGUAUCUUGCUGAUGCAUCUCAUCGUUUUCGACUACGCCUUAAAGCCCACAUGUCUCCUGCCAAAUCUAAAAAGGGUGAAACUGCAGCCACACCUCAAGCACCGUCACAUGGGACUGUAUGGAUAGCAAAGACUUUCCCUAAGUGGCAAAGUAUUAUCUUAACUACAAUGCACGAUUUGUAUAAAGCUAAUGGUAAUUGUCUCCCAGAUAACAAGGAGUUAUCAAAAGCACUGGGAAGUAACCCAUCACUCAAGAAGUACAUGAAGAAAGUCAUGCCCUUUGCUCAAGCAGUUAGAGAGAGGUUGAACACUGUAGGAGAAACAGCACUAAAGGACACUGUAGAUUUCAAUGAACGAAGCAUUCUGGAAGAGAAUAUUGACUACCUGCGAGGCACUCUGGACCUUGAAGGCCUUCAGAUGUGUUGGACGGAGGAAUGUGACAAUGAACGCACUCAGGAGGAAGUAGUCCCAGGGGAGCCUUACCUGACCUUCACUAGUGCACCUUGUGUUAUCUUGUCCUUAGUCAAUCCUCAGCCACAUACGGGACUAUUCAUAUGUCAGCUUCCUAUCUAUGAGAAAGACACCGUCGCUUCUGUGUUGGCUCGUCUGAGAAGACAAGAGCGCUUUGUGAAGCCAACCAUGAAAGUCACUUUUCACAGAUACAGUGACCCGGUUCUGGGACCACGGAUGAUGCCAAAUCUGGCUAAUCCUCUUCAAGGGACCGAAGAACUAAAUGACAAGAUUGUACUGAGUCUAAAGGAUGAUGCUGUCCACUUCACAUCAAAUGGCACUUCAGCCUUCUUAGGGACCAAGAUUUUGUAUAUGACACAAUAGAUGUAAAACAGGUACUGUAUUGGGACUAACUUAAUCAAAAAGCAAAGUGCUGGUUAGUAGGAACUUCACGUAGCAAAUACCAUUGUCAUUAUAACUGAAUAUUAAAGUACAGCACUGCAGUAUGAGGAUAGUAUGUUUUAAAUAAUAAUGCCAGUAACUCCUCCACAAUUCAGUAUUCCUGGUUUGGGAAGUCAUCUUAAUUUGGAAUAUUUUGGGGGUUUUGAAAUCUAAUACAACUAUAGUAAUUCAUAAUACAGUACAUUACUAUAUAUUCUGAAUUGGAGAAAUAUUCUAAAAAGUAACCUGCUAACUCUGUUCCUUUUUAACCAUUCCGAAUAUUACUUUGUUAUUCCUGCAACUGUUGAUCUAUGCAGUAACCUCAUUGUUGCAACAUACAUACUUAUAAUGAACUUAAUUUGAUAGAUACCGUAUGUCAAAAUUUAGAUUCAAGAACUGGUGCUUUUGUGUGUGUGUGUGUGUGUAAAUACAGGUGCAUGUAUGUGUGCCUGAGAGAGAGAGAGAUUCCCUUUCCUGCCGACCGUAAUGUACUUUGAAUCCCUGCCAGCAAUAUUCACUUGUGAUUCAUAUUGCAAACACGCCUCUUUGUACAGUACACUCCUUCAUAUUGUGUAUGUGUGUGUGUGAUAUACUUGUGAUUUAUUUAUUUAUAUAGAGUAAUUUAUUUGGUGCCUUUCCAUUGAACAGUACACAACAGGAGUGGAUUAUCUGAUUCAGAAUAUUUCAAAAUGUUAUGAGACAUUGACAACAAUUUCCCUUUAAUAUGGAAAUGCAUUCUGUUUAGGGUUUACUGUCAUUUAUUAUUAUUGUAUUUAUAUGUUAUCAAAUGUUCACAAAUAAUGUACUUGGUCCACCU